AUGGAGAUGGGAAACGAUGUGGAUCACGAAACGACGCCGAUAAUUCCGAGAUAUGACACCGGACCACCGCAGCUCCAAGUUAACAGCCGCCGGUUUAUGGUGCUCUCCUCCUGCAUCACAAAUGUCGUUUCCUCAUCAAUUCGAAAUCCAUCACCGCUGCGCGAAUAUAUACCCAGAAGAACUACAUACAUCGUUUUCAGGCGCUUGAUAAAUCGAAAUUUGCAAUUUGACUUCGAGGGAAAUGUGGCAGAGGAACGAGCUAUACGGGAUGCAAUUGCAAAAGAAGAAGAAAAGAUGCUACUUGAAGAAGAAAACAGACUACCCACGAAAGGGUUCUUGACUUCACACCAGCUAGCUUAUCACAAGGAGCCGCCGUCUAAGAUUCGGUUCCCUUGUCGAAAUCUUCCACCAUCGACUGAUGAUACGGCGGAUGAACGCACAAUCAAAUUAGUACUUGAAAACAUUGUAAAUCAAGUAUGUCGAUGGGAUAGCACUAUGGAUGGUAUAAGAUGCACCUCAAUAAGCCGAAAUACAAAAUGGCUCGAAAGACGGAGUCAACUUGAGACGCAAGCUGAAACUUCACUUGGCAUUCUGGCCCUGUGGCGCCGUGCUCGAGGACGACCAUCAAACAAACCUGACUGUGUCUCUUCCACUAUGCUGCCUCCUUCGGAAAGUGACAUCAUUUUUGGAGUGACCUCUACGCGUAAACAUCCUGGUGUGUACAGAUGGAUGCUCGAUGAGGCAUUGGGAAAGAGGAAGAGACAGCGAGCGAACAUCACAGAAAGAUCC